AAAGCAUUUUCAACUUUGGAGAGACCUUAUCUUCCUCAAAACACACUCAAAAACAGACGAAUAAGCGCAAACACGGCGAUGGCGUCGCUUCUACUCGGAGCUCCUCCGCGAGUCACCGUCGCAUUAUCUCUAUCAACAUCGUCUUCGCGGUUAUCAUCAUCCCACUCGAAAAUUUCCGGUGUUUCCCUAUCUUGCUUCACUCACCAAUUGUCUCUUUCCGAUUCGUCUUCCAGCUCAAUUCCACUCGUGUACUGUGGCCGAGGUGACCGCAAAACAGCGAAAGGAAAGCGAUUCAAUCACUCUUUCGGGAAUGCGAGGCCACGAAACAAGAAUAAGGGAAGAGGGCCACAGAGAGUACCGGUCCCUCCUGCACCUCCGAGGAAGGAUAAGUUUGAGAACGACGACAAGAUCAAAAUCGACAUCGACGAGUCUCUCUUCUCUAAUUAGAUAAAAAAGACUUAGUCACUGUAAUUUCUAUUUGAUUAGAAGCUUUUGAUGCUGCGACUCUGUUGUUGUUGUUAAACAUCUCCAGUUUCUCUUCUUUCUAUGAAAAAUCUGCUUUCUUUCUCCUUUUAAA